AUGGGGCCUCCAGCGCCUUCGUUCGACUAUUACGCCGAGCUUGGUGUCUCAAAGUCAGCCACUUCGCAGGAGAUCACCGCUGCUUAUAGACGCCUGGCUAGAGUCCACCAUCCAGACAAGAAUCCAACUAAUCAGGAAACAGCAACGAACAAGUUUCAAAGGGUCCAGCAAGCCUAUGAAAUUCUUUCCAGUACCGCUGGUCGGAGGCGAUACGACACUUUCCCAACUACUAGAGGCACAUGUACGUGUGGUCACUGCUACGACGAAGACGACUAUGAAGAUGGAGAAUGGUACUCGGAUUAUGAGGACGACGAUGAAUACUAUUACGACUUUACCUUUGGGCCCCGCGGCACUGGUCCUGGCCCUCGGCCCUACUUUAGCAGCGGACACCGACAUGGUGGCUUCACUUUCGGCGGAAAUCGCUUUCGCACCUAUGAGGAUAUGGAGAAAUUCUUUCAGCAGCAAGAGCGUGCAGACGCCGAGCGGCAAGCAAUAAUUCAAGAGGAGCGCCGUAAGAAGGAAGAAGCCGAAGCGGCCAGGAAGAAGGCCAAGGAGCAGGCCAAACAAGCCGAAGAGAAUGCCAUUCAAAAGGAAAAGGAUACACGCAAGGACGCCGAGAAGUCCAAACAGGAUGAACGUUGGCAGAAGGCUGGUGCUGUUACCAAGGAUGAGAAGCUAAAGACAUGUCUGCACUCCGACUUUUGCAACAAGGUUCCUCAGAGAAAGAAAUUCAAGUGCGGUACCUGUGGAAAGAAGGGAGGCAUGACAGCGUUCGAGUGCCCAUUUUGCUCGAGCUUCCUAUGUCAGCAGUGUGUCACCAAAUUUUCUGAGAGAAGAGCGAAAGGAGAGGAUCUCCCAAAGCCUAAACCAAAGCAAGAAUCAGAACCAGAACCAGAAUCCACAGUUACGCCCGUAGAGGAAGAAGCUGCCGACGAAUCAGAGCCAGAACCAGAAGUUGUACCAGACCCAGAACCAGAUCCUCCAACAAGGUCAACACCUCCGUUAGAAAAGGUGAAGCAGCCGGUUUCAGCGUACCAGAAGGACAUUGAGGACAAGUACGGGUGUCUUAACGGACAGACCGGCAAGAAGGCGAAAAAGAACAAGAAGGCAAAUCUUAGCACACAACCCCUGAAGAGCUCAAGUCCCAUGCAUGAAGCAGCACCACAUGUAUCGAUACCUGGAGUGAAGGUGAAUGUCGGGCUCAAGGCGGCAAAGAGAGGCUCUCCUGCGCCCAGUGUCUCGUCAAGGUCAACGCAAGACGACUAUCAGCCACAUAUGAACGGCACCAACGGAGGCUCAGUUCGCAAGCCCUCUGCGGAGCCCACCCUCCAGAAGACUCAGAGUAACGGUUCGAGCAUUAAGACAUCGUCAGCACCACACAAUGAUAACAUUAAAAAAUCGAAUGGGAUACCUGGUCUUCAUCCCUUCCCACCCCCACCCCCGGCCCCUGAGCCUUCUGUCACGGGUGCCUCUGAAGUAUCCGAGGAAAGUGUCAAUGACUUCAAUCCUCCAACUGGACCUGCUAGCUCAAUGCGAUUUCGGAAGCCUUCAACGAAUGGGCACAAACCCCAGCCGGCUUUCUCCUGUUAUAUUUGCGGCCAGCCCGGUCAUCUGGCUCGGAAUUGCUCGCAGCCGCGGACGUGUUAUAAUUGUGGUGGAACUGGCCACUUGGCCAAAUACUGUGUUGGUAAGACCAAUGGAUCGAAUGAAUGGCAGCAGGCAGCACCGCCGCUGGAAGUUGAUCCCAGGAGUGCAUUCCCGGAUUUUCAGAUCUACGAUGAAGAGGAAUAUGAGAAGAACACUCCCACAAAAGUGGCAAUCAGGGGCGCGACUCUUGCUCGAGGCAUCACGGAGCCUCUUUUGAGACAAGCAAUGGAAUGCUUUGGACCAAUUACCGAAUGCGUCAUUGAUCGCAAGGCUGCUAUCGCAUGGGUUGCCUUUAUAGAGAGCGGUGCUGCCCAAAACGCAAUCGCUGCCAGUCCUGUCCCUGUUGCCAAGGGAGCCGUGAGGAUCUCUACAUGGACUGGGGAUUAUUAUUAA